AUCUUGCUAAAAUUGUCAUCUGCGCAGAUUGGACUGUAUAGCCACCUCGGUCUCGAAAUCGAGACAUCACAUCAUUUUUUAAAAUUUACGGAAAGAUAGAAUUUUCAGGUUUCUUGUGACAAAAAAGUUUGUUUUUAUCCUGAGACCGGGUUGCGUAAAAUGGGUGGGGGAAAGUCGGGGAAAGGCGCUGGAAAAGUGAAGAGGCCAGCUAUGUCCAGGUCUCACAGGGCGGGUUUGCAGUUCCCAGUCGGCAGAAUCCAUCGCUUUCUCAAGUCUAUGAUGACGUCACAAGGUCGAGUGGGUGCAACUGCUGCUGUGUACAGUGCGGCUAUUUUGGAAUACUUAACGGCAGAAGUUUUGGAGCUGGCGGGAAAUGCGAGUAAAGAUUUGAAGGUGAAGAGAAUCACUCCCAGACAUCUGCAACUGGCUAUUCGUGGCGAUGAGGAGCUGGAUACGCUGAUCAAAGCUACUAUUGCAGGAGGUGGAGUGAUACCUCAUAUUCACAAAUCUCUCAUUGGGAAGAAGCAACCAAAUAUGAUGAAAUGAAACAAACAUGCUUUUAGUUAUGAAAUAGUUAGCGUUGCCUAGAUGAAUUGAAGAUUCUGCAACUUUGACUGACGUUAUCAAUACUGUCUAUCGUUUAUUUUGUUUCUUGUGUUCGCAAUAUUUAUAACUUGA